UUUCCUGAGAAUGUCCCUUCACUAAUUUUCACAGUCGGCGGCCAUAUUGUUGAAAACAGGGUAGAAAUAACUAGCAGCUUGUGAAUUCUGAAAUUUGUAAGCAGCUCGCAGUUCCCUAGAUCCCAGUUCCAGUGCAAUAGCUCAUUAAUUGACAACCUUUUUAGGCAAUUUCUUCCUCGCUUAAAUCCAAAAUAAAAAAAACCCAUCUCAACCAUAUCACAUCCCAAAUCCCUAAAAAAAAUUAUGGUCAGCGUCAAGGUCAACGGAAAUCAAAACCGAUCAGCAAACUCACUUGGAGCCAAAAAUCUAAAAACAGACGGCAAUAUGGCAUUCCGUGGCAACCAGAAUCGCAACCGCAACUUUGGCGGCGGUGGCGGCAACAACUACGGCGGACCGAUGGGCGCCAAUCGCAUGGGUGGCAUGAACAUGUCACCCUGGGAGUCCCAGAAUCCCGGUGGCGGCCAGUUUGGCAACAAUAUGCGCCAGGGUGGAGGGCAGAUGAACGCCCAGGCCAUCAAUCUGGCCAAUAAUUUGCUGAACAACCUGUUCAGGAACCAGAAUCCACCCUCCCUUCUGGACUUGCCACGCGGCGGCGGUGGCAUGGGAAACCGCAAUCAGCGUGCUGGGCCGAUGGUCAAUCGCGGCGGCGGUGCUGGCAAUCGUCUUAAUAACCGUCGUGGCCAGGGAGGCUUCCAAAAUCGUGGCGCCACUGGUGGUCCCAAGCCCCCGCAAAAGCAGGGCGGCGGCGGUAUUCGCAAGCAAAAUGCUUUUGAUCGUGCCAAGAAACUUUUGGCUAAAAAUGCCAACCAAAAUAAAAAGAAGGAAACUACUCCUGGCGAAAAGAAAACCGAGAGCCCCGCCAGCAAGGAGUCGCCGUACGCUAGCGUGCCCAACGACAUGUUCUACUGUCAUCUGUGCAAGAAGCAUAUGUGGGACGCCAACUCGUUCGAGAACCACAUCAAGGGACGCACCCACCUGAUGAUGCGCGAGGGCAUUGAGGAGAGCUACCGUCUCAAGGCCAACAUGAUCCGUCAGGAGGCCAAGAUCGCCGAGCAGCUCAAGUCCAUUGAGUUCGAUCGCCUGAAGCGCAUGGGCAAGAGCAAGCAGCGCCAGCUGGACUACUGCACCAUGUGCGAUCUGAACUUCCACGGUCACAUCUCGACGCAUCGCAAGUCGGAGGGACAUCUCCAGCUGAAGAAGUUCCUGCAUCCCAAGUGCGUGGAGUGCAACAAGGAGUUCGCCACUCGCAUCGACUAUGACACCCAUCUGCUGUCCGCCGAGCACUUGAAGAAGGCUGCCGAGAGCAACACCAAGGUCGGAGAGCGCAAGCGCCAGACUUUGCCGAUCAGCACCGAGGAGGAGGAGACCCGCGAUCUCCGCCUGCCCCAGAAGAAGAAGAAGAAGGCUGCCAAGAAGGAGGGCGAGGGCGAUGCCAAGAAGGAGGGUGCUGAGGGCGAGGCUGCUGAGGGCGAAGAUGCCGAUGGGGAGGAGGGCAAGGACGGCGAGGAGAACGCCGAUGAGACCAAGGAGGGCGAGGAGCUCAACGAGUCGCAGGAGGACGAGGAGGUGGCUCUGCCCGUUGAUGCCGAGGACUGCAUCCUCGACUACAACGAGGGAGAUGACAUCCCCAGCGAGGUCGACACUCGCCUGCCGAAGUACAACUACCAGCGUGCCGUCGGCGCCGGUCUGAUCUCCAAGCUGGAGUGCUACGAGUGCUCCGUGUGCAGCAAGUUCUUCGACACCGAGGUGACCGCCGAGAUCCACUCGCGCACCGCCACCCAUCACCGCAACUUCUUGAAGUUCAUCAACGAGAAGUCGAGCGACACCAAGAUCGCCCAGAAGCGUGCCGCUGCCGCUCUGGAGGAGAGUGAGCGCAAGAAGCGCAAGCUGGAGGAGACCGAGGCUGCCCCCGCAGCUGAGGAGGGUGCCGCCGGCGACGAGGCUACCGAAGAGACCGAGGGCGAGCUGUACGAUCCAUCGGAGGCCACUGGCGACGAUGACGACGUCGAGAUGGUGGAGGACAACGGCGAUGCUGAGGCCGAAGGCGAGGCAGAGGCCGAGGGUGAAGGUGAGGGCGAGGGUGAGGAAGAUGCCGGUGGCGAUGAGGAGAUGGAGGCCCAAGAGGGAGACGAGGAGGCCGAGGGCGAUCCUGAGCCCGAGCCAGAGCCGGCUCCAGAGGUGGUUGCCGCCACACCAGCCAAGGCAGCGCCCAAGACUCCAGCUAAGGCCGCCGGUGGUGCCGCCACUCCAGCAGCUGCGGCCGCCGCACCAGCCGCCGAUGCCUCUCCCUCGCCGGCCAAGAAGGCCACACCGGCCCGAGCCGCCGCUGGUCCGAAGGCUACGCCGCAGCGUCAACGUGCUCGCGCCCGCUACAACCGCUACUAGGAUUUAGGAUUCUAAACUAAAACUAACACUAAAAUAUAGAUCCAUACAAUGAAUAUUUGCACACAUGCCCAUGCCCAUGCGUCCCCCAAUAAGUAGGAGGAGUAAGGAGGAAGGAAGGAGUUCUAGUUAUAGCAUCCUCCAGCCAUCUGACAUUUGCAAAUAAAAUGAAAAAACAACAACUUAUUUACGCAAUCAUCCGGAGAUGAAACAGUGGACUACAUUGUAAUUGAAUACAACUUUCUUGACGAUCGAGGGAGAGAAUAAAAAACAAACAAACAACUUGAUUGAUUUCCAUAUGAACAACGCCCCAAUCAAUCAAUCUCUGCAAUACAAUACAAUACAAUCCAAAACGAUCCGAUCCCCUCCCCCCAUAGACUGCAUACCACCACACUGGGCAGCCAACCAUUUAAAAUAUAUGUAAUCGUAUACAUUUUAAAAUAAACAAACGUAGUUGUAAAACAAA